UCAGUUACUCUCUCAACUCUCUUCUCCCCUUCUCUCUCUAUGCACUCUCUCUCUGUCUAAAAAUCUCUUCUACAAACUAGUACAGAGGAGCCUCAAGGGUUUUCUGUUCUUCGCUGCUUUCUUCUUUCGCUUCUCUCUUGAGCACUAGUUUGUGGUGAUGGCUGAGCAAGACAACAAUGGAGCAGCUGAGGCUCUUCCUCCUCCACCACCGGUUCCUUCAGAUGUUAUUCCAGUAAAAGCUGAAGCAGAUUCUACCAAGAAAAAGGCCCCUCGCCUUCCUAUGGCUAGACGAGGGUUUGGGUCCAAGGGACAAAAGAUUCCUAUCCUUACCAAUCACUUUAAAGUGAAUGUGUCUAAAAAUGAUGGACACUUUUUUCACUACAGUGUUGCCCUUUAUUAUGAAGAUGGUCGUCCAGUGGAUAGCAAAGGCAUUGGCAGAAAAGUCUUGGAUAGAGUGCACGAAACAUAUGAUACAGAACUAGCUGAAAAAGAAUUUGCAUAUGAUGGUGAAAAGAGUUUGUUCACAGUUGGUGCACUUCCUCGAAACAAACUUGAGUUCACAGUUGUUCUUGAGGAUGUCACUUCAAAUAGGAACAAUGGUAACUGCAGUCCUGGGAGUCCUAAUGAGGGUGACAAGAAAAGGUUACGGCGCCCUUACCGAUCAAAGACUUAUAAGGUGGAGAUUAGCUUUGCUGCCAAAAUUCCUAUGAAUGCAAUUGCAAAUGCCUUGCGGGGACAAGAGUCUGAGAACUCUCAAGAAGCGCUGAGGGUUUUGGAUAUCAUAUUGAGGCAGCAUGCUGCGAAGCAGGGUUGCCUGCUUGUUCGACAAUCCUUCUUCCAUAAUGACCCAAAAAAUUUUGCUAGUGUUGGAGGUGGUGUCCUUGGGUGUCGAGGGUUCCAUUCAAGCUUCAGGACCACUCAGGGUGGCCUGUCUUUGAACAUUGAUACAUCUACCACAAUGAUAAUUCAACCUGGGCCUGUGGUAGAUUUCUUAAUCGCCAAUCAGAAUGCGAAGGAUCCAUUUUCUCUAGAUUGGGCAAAGGCUAAAAGGAUGCUGAAGAAUCUGAGAGUGACUACAAGUCCAACAAAUCAAGAGUACAAGAUAAGUGGAUUAAGUGAGAAGAGCUGUAGAGAGCAAACCUUUACUUUAAAGCAGAAAAGCAAGGAUGAUGAUGGUGAAGUUCAGAACACUGAAGUGACUGUUUAUGAUUACUUUGUUAAUCAACGUAACAUAGACUUGCGCUAUUCUGCUGAUUUACCAUGUAUCAAUGUUGGAAAGCCAAAACGUCCAACUUACUUCCCUAUCGAGUUGUGCUCAUUGGUGUCCUUGCAAAGAUACACAAAAGCACUCUCCACUUUUCAAAGAGCUUCUCUGGUGGAGAAAUCAAGACAGAAGCCUCAAGAGAGGAUGCAAGUUUUAAGUAAUGCACUGAAAAUCAACAACUAUGAUGCUGAGCCACUGCUUAAUUCAUGUGGCAUAUCAAUCAAUAAUAACUUCACUCAGAUUGAGGGUCGUGUUCUGCCUGCCCCAAAAUUGAAAGUUGGAAAUGGAGAGGAUUUCUUUCCUCGAAAUGGGAGAUGGAACUUCAAUAACAAGAAACUAGUGGAGCCAGCAAAGAUUGAACGUUGGGCUGUUGUAAAUUUCUCUGCACGCUGUGAUAUACGUGGCCUUGUCAGAGAUUUGAUGAAAUGUGGAGAAAUGAAAGGGAUUAGCGUGGAGCCCCCUUUUGAUGUAUUUGAGGAGAACCCACAGUUCAGACGAGCUCCACCUGUUGUGAGAGUAGAGAAAAUGUUUGAAGACAUCCAAUCCAAGCUUCCUGGGGCACCUAAGUUCCUUCUCUGUUUGUUGCCUGAAAGAAAGAACUGUGAUGUAUAUGGGCCAUGGAAACGAAAGAAUCUGGCUGAUCAUGGAAUUGUGACUCAAUGCAUGUCACCAACCAGAGUGAAUGAUCAAUAUCUUACAAAUUGCCUCCUUAAGAUCAAUGCCAAGCUUGGAGGGCUGAAUUCAAUGUUGACUGUUGAACAUUCUCUCUCCCCCCUUUUUUCAAAGGCUCCCACCAUUAUUAUUGGGAUGGAUGUGUCUCAUGGCUCUCCUGGUCAGACUGACGUUCCAUCAAUUGCUGCGGUUGUGAGUUCGAGGCAGUGGCCUCUUAUUUCUCGUUAUAGAGCAUCAGUGCGUACUCAGUCUGCAAAGGUUGAAAUGAUUGAUAACUUGUUUAAUCGUGUUUCUGACACACAAGAUGAUGGAAUUAUGAGGGAGCAAUUGCUAGAUUUUUAUGUUAGUUCUGGGAAAAGGAAGCCUGACCAAAUUAUAAUCUUCAGGGAUGGUGUCAGUGAAUCCCAAUUCAAUCAAGUUCUUAACAUUGAACUUGAUCAGAUCAUUGAGGCUUGUAAAUUUCUUGAUGAGAAAUGGUCACCCAAGUUCACAGUCAUUGUUGCUCAGAAGAAUCAUCACACCAAGUUCUUCCAACCUGGGUCUCCUGAUAAUGUUCAACCCGGGACAAUUAUUGAUAGUAAAGUUUGUCAUCCGAAAAACAAUGACUUUUACUUGUGUGCUCAUGCGGGAAUGAUUGGGACCACAAGACCAACACACUACCAUGUUCUUUAUGAUGAGGUUAGAUUUUCAGCUGAUGAACUGCAAGAACUUGUGCACAGCCUAUCUUAUGUGUACCAAAAGAGCACCACCGCUAUAUCUGUUGUUGCUCCUAUUUGCUAUGCUCAUUUGGCUGCCACCCAGUUAGGACAGUGGAUGAAAUUUGAGGAUACAUCUGAGAAGUCUUCAAGCCAUGGUGGUGGGGGAUCAAAAGCAGGUCCAGCCCCAGUUUCUCAGUUGCCCCGACUAGAAGAAAAGGUCUCAAGUUCAAUGUUUUUCUGCUGAGGCUUGUCAAGGGUUACUAAUUUAUUUAUUCAAAGUUGGAAUGAUGACUAUUAUGGUUUGUAUAUAUAGUUUUAGUAUCUAUGGAGGAUGUGCGAUUGUAAUAGCAUAGCACUUUGUCUGUUUACCUUGUUUUGCAUGUAUGUUUUUGGAUUCGUAGUACAUCCUAUUCUGCAGACAACAGAAAACUCAUGUUGCAUGGCGGGAUCAAACUUCACUUCAAAUUGGUGGCGCUUGCCGUU